AUGCCUCGUGCAUCCUCUAGCUCUACCCCUACCCUUCGCAGAAAUCAGGCGUGUCGGACUUGCCGGAAGAAAAAGCUGAAAUGUGAUGCAGCACGCCCGCAUUGCGGCCAGUGUGUGAAGCACUGGAAAGGUAUCAUUUCUGUCCCAGCGCCCGAAGGAUAUGCUCAUCCUGAAGAGCCGCAGUGUUCGUACGACCCAAUAGAAGGUCUUACACUCGCCGACUCAGUAAAUCCAGGAGAGAAAAUCAGACAGUUGGAAGAGCAAAUCGCUGAGCUGAAGCGCAAACUUCAAGAUGCAGGCAUAGCAAGCUCUCCUUCACCUUCCGAGUUCUCUAAUGGAGUACACUCCUCUCCUGCCGAAAGACGGCUUUCAUCACUUGCGCCUCCGCAGUAUACUGUCACAGCCUCUCCGGAGAUGUCAUAUCGUCGACCAGACAUAUCUCUUCCGAGAGCUGGCUUAGAUGUUGCCAGAUCAAUUCGGGAAACCAGUCCCGCUUCCUUACCCCGCAGUUCGACCUCUUCUCCGGACAUGAACGGCCAGGGAGCGGAGUCUCUUCUGAGCUUGUUUGCUUUUGGUUGGAACCCCGAUUUACCUGAUCCAGCAGAGAUGCGGCGAUUAAUUGAGGUGUUCUUUGCGAAUGAUGCGUGCGGUUCACGGAUUCUACACAUGCCGACUUUCAUGAUGUCAAUGAAUUUAAGUCCAAAAGAUCCUCGUUUUCCACAUUCAGCAAUUCUUCAUGCUAUAUGUGCAUCCGCUUCACGAUGGACAUCGAACAAAUCUUACAUGACGCCCGAUGGAAUUCGUCGGGAUCCGUUUGCGGAUUAUCAUGCUGGAAAAACUAGGCAGUACAUUGACCGGACUAUGGCUAGUGGUGCGGACAUAUUUCACGUGCUGCAGGCUUGCAUAAUUCUGUCUUGGUACUUCUACGCUGAGGGCCGAUGGGUUGAAGUUUGGAUCUUCGCUGGUUUUCAGACUCGUGUCGCUGUUCCUUUGCGCCUCAAUCACAGGGGCACAUUUUCGACGCAUGGUGCUGGCUCUCCAGGUGCCUAUCUACCACCGCCAAAGGACCAGAUGGACUUGGAGAUGCGAAGGAGAACAUGGUGGAUGACCGUCGUGCUCGAUCGCGUAGUCUCUGUUGGUGGCUGGCUCCAUGGCGUUGAGUACAAGCACAUAGCAACGGAGCUUCCUCUUCGGCGUGUCGAUUUUGAGUCUGAUAUGCCGUUUGCAAGCAACCCGCAAAAUUUGCACACAGCAAACUUUUACAUCUCGCAUCCGCCAGACUAUACAGACUCCUUCCUGUUAUUCAUUAAAGCGGUCAUGCUUUUCGGUCUGGUCACGGAUUUGAACACUGAAUUUCAGUUGAAAGCUCAAGAUAGCAAGACUGACCCGUUCUCACAGCUGAGAGAUCCUGCCUUCCACAAUCUUGACAAACUUGUUGCCAUUGAUUUCCUCGAGAACCUGCCGCUCGAGUACAAGAACUACUUAAAUAACAUGUCAGGAUCCUGCAUUGAUACUGACUUAUUCAUGGUUCACUUGGUCCCGCAUGCCGCGACGAUUACAUUGCAUAAUCCAUACUUAGACUUUAACGAUCCUCUUUCUUUAUCGACCAGUCGUUGCAUAACAGCGGCUAAUGCAAUCCUGGAAGCUUAUUACGCUUUCAGCAAAGCUACUGCCUUUACUACACCUUUUUCUGUCUACCCUCCAAUAUUAAAGUUACACCCUUUCGUCACGAUCUGUUGGUACUUGGCCGCAGUUGUUAAAAUUCAAGUAUGCAAGCACAUGAUUGACAGUAAUCAGUCAACUGAAGAAAUUGGUGUCUGGGGCGAGAUAAACGCCAUGAGACAUGCAAUGCUGGACUUUGGAACAAUAUCACCCAUCGGAACACGUCAAGAGAGACUUCUUAGCACCCUGAUGUCCGAGAUUGUACGAUCUACGUCUCAAGAUAAACCUCUCGAGAUUGGUGGUUACGAGAUCAGUGGGACUGGGUCGCGAUUAUAUCCACAUUCUGCUAAGACUGCGUUUGCGCAUGUGAAUGAUGCUGGAGCACCGCUACCCACCUCACCACCGGUCGAGCAUUUCGGUUCGGUCGAGCCAUCUCCGCUCGGGAUGUCCGGUGUUCACGCACAGAUACAGACACAAGCCAAUCAUCAUGGCAUCCAACAACCAUGGCUUGGAAACCGUUCUGACAUGUCUCAAUCUCAAUCACCGCCCUCUCUUUCCUCAACAAGCCCUUUUAUGGCCUGA